AUGGCGGCGGCCUGGGCUGCGGUGGAGGUACGGAGCCAGGGCUCGUGAAUUUGACAACCAAGAGCCGCCGCCUGGUUGUACCAAAUAACAGGACGCAGUGGGGUAAAACCUAAGAAAAGUAACGGGUUACAGAGAACGGUAUAUUAGAGUAUAAGGCAGGGGGGAGGGAUGUGACCGGCCUGCCUCGGCCAUCCCGGUGGCGGCUGCUGCAGAUCAGCAGCUUAGGAAAGGCCGGGGAUGGGCCAGCAGGUAGGCCGCGUUGGAGGCGAGGCAGCCGGACCACCGCAGCCGCACCGGGGGAGUAGGAGUGUUGGAACCAAAGCAGUCGGACACCCUGGGGUAGCUGGGGCCCGCAGGAGAGAAACAACUGGCAGGAACAACCCCGAAGCCGGCUUUAAUAUCUUCACUCAGCAUGAAGCUCUGCACCGUCCUUACGGCAGUGACGCUGAACCCCAGUCUCUUAACGAUGCCAUACGUUGGAGCUCCAAGGAAAACCUUCUCGGCGCCACUGAGAGUGACCCCAACCUGUUCCUCGCACUUUAUGACUUUGUUGCCAGUGGCGACAACACUUUAAGCAUCACCAAAGGAGAGAAGCUGCGGGUUCUGUGCUACAACCAGAAUGGAGAGUGGUGUGAGGUGUUGUCAAAAAAUGGACAAGGCUGGGUGCCAAGCAAUUAUAUCACUCCAGUCAACAGCUUGGAGAAGCACUCUUGGUACCACGGCCCUGUAUCUCGCAGUGCGGCAGAAUACCUACUCAGCAGCCUCAUCAAUGGUAGCUUCCUGGUACGGGAGAGUGAGAGCAGCCCCGGCCAGCUGUCAAUUUCCCUGCGUUACGAAGGGCGUGUCUACCACUACCGCAUCAACACUGCUUCCGAUGGCAAGGUCUAUGUAACAGCAGAAAGCCGUUUUAACACGUUGGCCGAGCUUGUUCACCAUCACUCUACUGUGGCAGAUGGACUCGUUACAAUUUUACACUACCCGGCACCCAAGUGCAACAAGCCUACAGUUUACGGGGUGUCCCCCAUACAUGACAAAUGGGAAAUGGAGCGCACAGACAUCACUAUGAAGCACAAGCUGGGAGGGGGACAAUACGGAGAGGUGUAUGUUGGAGUCUGGAAGAAAUACAGCCUCACGGUGGCCGUCAAAACACUCAAGGAGGACACUAUGGAGGUGGAGGAGUUUUUGAAGGAGGCGGCUGUAAUGAAAGAGAUCAAACACCCUAACCUAGUGCAGCUGCUUGGCGUCUGCACCCUGGAGCCCCCAUUUUACAUUGUAACUGAAUAUAUGAAUUAUGGGAAUUUGCUGGACUAUUUGCGAGAAUGUAACCGGGAGGAGGUGACGGCAGUGGUGCUGCUUUACAUGGCUACGCAGAUUUCUUCUGCCAUGGAAUAUUUGGAGAGAAAAAACUUUAUCCAUCGGGAUCUGGCAGCAAGGAACUGCCUAGUAGGAGAAAAUCAUGUGGUUAAAGUGGCAGAUUUUGGUCUGAGUCGCUUGAUGACAGGAGACACGUAUACAGCUCAUGCUGGCGCCAAAUUCCCCAUCAAAUGGACAGCUCCGGAGAGCCUUGCGUAUAACACCUUCUCUAUCAAGUCUGAUGUCUGGGCUUUUGGGGUGCUGCUGUGGGAAAUCGCAACCUAUGGUAUGUCCCCUUAUCCUGGUAUAGACCUUUCACAGGUGUACGACUUGUUGGAGAAGGGGUAUCGUAUGGAACAGCCAGAAGGGUGCCCACCAAAAGUUUAUGAGCUGAUGCGAGCAUGCUGGCAGUGGAAUCCUGCAGAGAGACCUUCCUUUGCUGAGACACACCAAGCCUUUGAGACCAUGUUCCAUGAUUCCAAUAUUAAUGAAGAGGUUGCAGAGGAGUUGGGGCGCACUGCGGCAUCCUCUUCAUCAGCAUCAUAUCAAAGUCGCCUCCCCAUGUUGCCAUCCAAAUCCCGCACUUUGAAGAAAAAGGCAGAGAACAAGGAGAACAUUGAGGGGACUGGAGAUUCUUCAGAUACCUCAACCUCCAGUACUGCACCAGGAUUACUACGUGGUUCUCCUGGAGCCAGUAGCUCCCCAGCUCUUCCACGCAAGCAAAGAGACAAAUCUCCAAGUAGCCUUCUGGGUGAUACUAAGGAAACCACAUUUACACGUGACCGCAAAGGAGGCUUUUUCAGUUCUUUUAUGAAAAAGAAAAGCGCCCCACAGCCUCCCAAACGCAGCAGCUCUUUUCGUGAGAUGGAGAACCAGCCUCACAAAAGGCCGGAGCUAACUGGAGAACUUAACUCUUUUCAGCAGCAUGAUUGUCUAGAGUCUCCGGCAUCCCCUGGAUCACAAAAGUGCUACGGUGGUCUAUCCCAGCAUAGCUUUCCAGAAGAAGAUAACAAUGGAGGAGUGAGUGGUGGCUGGACAAGCAUAUCUGGUUUCUUCACUCCUCGCCUAAUAAAGAAGACAUUUGGGCUGAGAACUGGAAAAUCCAGUAGCAAUGAGGAGCAAGCCAAGCCUUUCCCCAGGUCUAAUUCCACCUCUUCUAUGACUCCUGUGGUUCCUGACCUUGACAGAAUGUCCAUGACACUUCCUAGAAAUUGCCACCGGACUAAAGUCCAGCUGGACCGUGCUGCUUCUGUUACAUCUCAACCAGACGAAAGCCAACAAGAUCGACCCAGGACUGCGCUGGAGACAGUGCCUCCCCAGCCGGUCAGGGAAAAGGUAAAGCCCAAAAUGCUUCCACGAACAGGAGUAAGUGAGAGAAAUGGUGGUCUGCGACCAGAUGAGAGGUCAUCUCCCAGCAAACAUACUGGAGGUGCCACAUCAUCCUUUCCUACAGCAGCCCACAACCACAAAGUGCCCGUUCUCAUAUCCCCUUCACCAAGAAAUGCACCUGCAGAGGUGCAACUGGUGGGAAUGGACUCCUUAGGACACACCUUUAAACUGCUUCAAGAACAUGGGACAUCACAUGCUUCAGAGAAAGACCGUCCCUCCCACCGGAGGCUAAAGCCAAAGUGUGCUCCACCCCCUCCCCCAAACUUACGGCUUCUCCAGCCCCCUGCAGCUGAGGACACUGCCACUUCUGCACCUGUACUUCCUGGCCCUGAACGGACCGCCAAACCAUCUCGGCCCUUGCUUCCCCCACCUCCCCCUGUUAGCCAAAUUGGAAAGCUUUCAAAUGGAGCUGCUGGAGGGGGUAGAGGGGCUCUAAGGAAACCACGUCAACCGGCUGAAAGGGUCCCUGCAGAAAAAAUAAGUAAAGAAGCACUACUGAAAUGUGCUGGACUGAUGUCGAGUGCCCUAUCACUACCACAACCCAACAGCCAACUUGUGGACACAGGCCACCAGCUUCUGGACUACUGUACAGGUUAUGUUGACUCUAUCCCACAGACACGAAAUAAGUUUGCCUUCCGUGAGGCUGUAAGCAGACUUGAGGUCAGCCUUCAGGAGCUGCAGGUCUCUUCUGCUGGGGGUAAUGCAGGAGCAGUAUCUGGGGCAUCCCAGGGUGCUAAUCCUGUAAUCAAUCACUUACUUUCCUGCGUACAGGAGAUCAGUGACGUGGUGCAGAGGUAGCUGCUGAAAUGUCAUACAUUUCUAACUCUGAACAUGACCCGAUGGAAUAUCACCUUCAAAUCAUAAGAUGCACUGCCUAGCGUUUAGUUUUGGGUUCAUAACCUCAGCAUUGGUGGGGUCAAUGAUGGGUUUUUGGUCUGUCUAGUGCUGAAGGAUAAAAUUAUUUUUGCUGGGAAAAUAUAGCAGAGCAACACUACCCCAAAGCAAACAUUUUAAACACUAAAUGAGACCUAAAAUUGUAUUUUUCCCCCAAGUAUUUUAUUUUUUUAUUUUUUCAUCUCAGGUUUGUUUUAGCACAGAGAUUUUUUUUCUCCUCCCUCCUAUCUGGGUCCAAAUAUGAAACAAGCUAAACCUUUGCUUAUGGUUAGGAUUUUCUAGAAGUCUGGAAAAAGCCUUGAGUGGGAAAGCAAUUGUAAGCCAGUGGCAUUGUGUUUUAGGAUUAUUUGUGUAUAUAAAUGAGGAAUGCAGGUCUGUAAGAGCGUGUCCUAUUUGCAGAGGUUAGGAAUGUUGUACUGGAAAAAAGAUUCAUAUAGAUACGCUACAGAAUUUACAAAGACUUCACUGUUGUUACACUUAAUAUAUUUUCUUUAUACCUCAUUUAAUCGCCCUUGUUUCUAUAGAGGCCUAAGAACAAUAGUUGCUGGCCCCUGCAUUAACAAAGGCUUAAAGUUACAAGUUCAUAACUUCCAUCAUCAUGGUAAUGCUGAAUGUUAGUAUUGUGUUUUUCCGCCACGUAUCAUUUUAAUUGUAUUUUUAUUGCUGGCGGAAAUUUUAAACGAACAAAGGCGCUUUGGCUAAUGUUGGUAUUUUGGUAAAGAUCUUCUUGAAAGAUUUCCACUGUCGCUAGACUAUCAAGCAUGUUUUAUGACUGUGCUGUGCCAUUUCUUUCUGUGUUUAUUCUCGCUAAUGUCUACACUCCCACAAUGCAAUGUGAUUACACUGUUCACCGUUAUGCAUCUCCCCAUGUGAACAGAACACUUGAACACAUCAUAUGAACCAAAUCACAUUUGUAUCAUAAGAUGAAAGCCACUCGAACAGUUCCAAAUUUUUUUUUUUUAAUUUUAUUUUUUCCAGUGUGAUUGAGUAAACCAGUGCUAUUGUUAAUGUAUUGUAAUCAAAAUCUCUGCUGGGGUUAAACUCAGAGUAACAGGUUUAUGCGGCUACACAUUUUUUCCCCCCAAUUAAAUCACACAAUGGUUUUA